AUGAAAGCUACAAUCACCUUCAUCAUGGUCGUGGUCAUCACAACAUCUGUCCCUGUCCUAGGCCAAGACAAGUUGGUUUUGGAUGUCAAUGGGAAGCCGCUUAGAAUCGGAGACCCAUAUUAUAUCAAACCCGCUUAUAACUUUGGAGACGGAGUAUGGCUUUCCUUUUUCAGGCCAAGCCUUGAAACUCCAUGUCCUCAAUUCGCUGUACUGUCUGGAAGUCCGUUGAUCUCUCCACGUGAACCUGUUGCUUUCUUUACAGAGUCGUCAAUAAUAUCAAAACAAGAGUCAGGUCGUUUUGUGUAUGAAUCCACCCAGCUCGCUUUCAAUUUCCAACGGAUGGAAGAUUUCUGUCCCGGUCAGACCGGGUAUUGGGAACUUGGUUACCGGUCUGAUAGGACCAGAGGUAUUGUCGGGACAGGGCAAAGGAAUGAUGGCUACGACCUAUUCAAGAUCAAGAAAAGCAGAGGCGGUUACUUGAUUAAUCAUUCCGAUCGUGAUAUCAGAGUUCGUGAGUACCACCUCGGGGAAGAGUUCAUUAACUAUCUGGAAGUUGGCAAUAGUGGCGACCUUUUCGUGGUUGAAUUCGUGCCGGUUAACGAGAGAGCCUGGAACCGGAUGGCGUCAAACCAAACCCAAGAUACUUGA